AUGCUCGCCCUGGAGACGGCACAGCUCGACGCCCCCUACUUCAGCUGCCUGUACCCAGAUGGCGUCUUCUAUGAUCUGGACAGCUGCAAAUAUCCUGGAUACCUGGACUCAGAGGAUGCUUCAGACUCCUCAUGGGGUUGGACCGAGGCCCCACCUGCCACCACCGCCGCCUACGAAGCCUUCGACCCAGCCGGGGCCACCUUUGGUCACACCCAGGGCGUCCAGCUGUGCUACGGACCCACAGCCUACAGCCCGAGCGGGAACCUCGACAUGGCCCCCAGCCUGGAGUCUGCGGGAGGGCCUGUGUUCCCAGGGUACCCCUCCGAGGACUUCCCCAUCCAGACCCUGGGCCCCCCACCUUACAUCCCCUACGAGGCGGAGAUCUUGCUGGAAGGUCCAGCGCUGGAGGUUUCGGACAGCGAGACGGACGAGGCUCUCGGAGCCGGGCCCGAAGGAAGGGGAUCAGAGGCAGGUGCCCGCAAGAAGCUGCGGCUGUACCAGUUCCUGCUAGGGCUGCUGACACGCGGGGACAUGCGUGAGUGCGUGUGGUGGGUCGAGCCUGGCGCCGGCGUCUUCCAGUUCUCGUCCAAGCACAAGGAGCAGCUGGCACGCCGCUGGGGCCAGCAGAAGGGCAACCGCAAGCGCAUGACCUACCAGAAGCUGGCACGAGCCCUGCGCAACUAUGCCAAGACGGGCGAGAUCCGCAAGGUGAAGCGCAAACUCACCUACCAGUUCGACUUGGCACUGCUGCCCACCAUGCGCCGGGCCUGA